AUGAUUGAGGUGAACAAUAGUAUGCAUUUUUCUAGGUACUUUAGCAUUGAAACCAGUAACAGACUAGUAAAAUGGGAGUAUAACUUGAACGGUACCUGUUGCCCAAAAACUUGCACCAAUAGUAUGCAGCCACAAAGAAAUUUUCCUCAGGGAGCUUGUGAGAAACCUUCUUUCAGUAAUGCAAGUGAUGCUCUUGAUAAGCUGAUAUCCGAGAACAAGGAUCUUGGAAAUGAUAACAGUUUGAUUGGUCAAUUUGGUGUUGGGUUCUAUUCGGCUUUUCUGGUUGCUGAAAAGGUGAUUGUUUCCACCAAGAGUCCAAGGUCAGACAAGCAAUACAUAUGGGAAGCAGCACCUGAAAGUAGUUCAUAUGAUGAUGACAAAUACAAGUUCACUGAGCCAAGUAGUGUUUAG